ACAUUUCGCAUAAACAGGAGUGCUCACGUUCAGUGGGCUACCAGACAAGUGUUCAUCCUCAACCAUGUCUCUUCUAGCCCUUGUCUUCCACGUCAGUUUCAAGCACCGGAUUAUAGUGCUGCUGGAUCCUGUCCCAGUUCAUUCACAAAGGAGCACCAUACAUCCCAGCAACAUAUAGCAAAGGAAAGCGGGCGAUUCUAGAGGAUUCGAUAUCUCAAUUCGGUUCCCCCCGAUAUCGAUAUGGAUCAAACACGAGGUGGAUCUCCUUCAUUGUGUUGUACACUCAUGGAUCUUGAACAUAGUCCUAGACAUGAAGGAAUCUUUGCUCGCAGGUUCCUUUUGUGUGAACGACUGGCCAGGGACUUCUCCCUCGGUGAGCUAAUCACUCAAUCCACCUGCUGUGAUACAUAUUUCGUGGCGUGUUGCUACCACCGGACCUUCAAAGGGGACCUAUUUCCCUGUCACAACUUCAGGCUCAUCUUCAUCGAAGGGGCGUGUUCUAAUAAUGGGCAAGUGGUCGCGACCGCAGGGAUUUGGAUUGGUAUGGAAGGCUGUGAGAGGGACUAGUGGAGCAUUCCUGGCGAUAAAUUGGAUCUGGGCGCUAAGAGGAGCAGUCAACGUGCGGAGCUGUUGGCUGCCCUUGAAGGACUCGAGAUGAUGCGUAAGCAGCACUUUGAGACGGAUGUAGAAGAAUACCGCAACAAGAAGAGGCAUGAAUUGCAGACGUUCAAGACCCAUAACACGAGAGGCAGCUCGGGUCUGGUGACUCGUCCUCAGUGGAUCAUUGCAUUCGACUCGGAGAAUAUUGUGUUGGGCAUGACGGAGUGGUUACCCAAAUGGAAGACGAAAAGAACGCGCGUGUUCAAAGGAAAACUGUGGCCUGCGAAUCUUGAUAAUUAGAUGAGGCUAUCAGUUUUGCGGAGAGAUAGGGUAU